AUGUCCAUGUCCAUGGCGGAGUUAUCCAACAUGGAUCUAACAGAUGCCUCGCUGUUCCAGUGCGACGACCCCGACACACCCAAGGGCUCGAUACGGCGCCAGCGGAGUCGCAAGUCGCUGAUUCCGCGCACACCAUCCUUCCACUCUCUGAUAGUUGAUCAAGAGGAGGGUCAAACGUCCCUGAAUCAGGGUACACAGCAUACGGCACAACCUACAAGUACAACACAACCAACAACUCAGCAUACACAACAUACACAACAUACAACGCAAAUGUCUCUCCCACACCAACACUCACCUCUGGGGAUGAAGAAGAGCCCGAGUGGAAUCAUUGCCACGCCACCGAUCCCCACAAACAACUCGGAUCACGCCACCCCGAGUUAUAUUCCCCAGAGCAUCUCCUCACGCAGUCUAAAGUCGAUUCUGGGAUCUACCGCUCCGACCAGCAACACCAGCAACAACCAGAACCUCAACCCGCUGGCGGAAAAGAUUAGCACUUACAAACCCAAGCAGAAACUGCGCUCCGUGUCCAGCGGUAGUGCGCUCAAGCCACGUGACUCACGGGAGUUACGGGAGGCCCAACUGGAGCACGAGCGGAGGAAAACCGGCGGGCUGGAUCUGGCCGAGUCUUCCAAGCGCACACCGCUGGCGUCUCUGACGACCAAGAAGCCCCGCACGACGGUCCCCAUGAGUGUGGAUCCGCUGUCGGGCCGGCUGAAACGGGUCUCUGACGUCGAGAGACAUAGGAGAACGGCGUCGGUGGAUAAGGGUGAGGAGAAAAGGGUAUCCACGAGCUCUUCUCAUCGACUGUCUACUGCCGAACGGGCCAAUGCUCGGUCAGAGAGAGAACGGGAAAGGGAACAGGAGAGAGAGAGGGUGAGAUUGGAAAGAGAGCAGGAGAGAGAGAGAGUCAGGCAGGAAAGAGCGAGAGAGAGAGCAGCCACCGAGAGAGCGGCAGAAAGGGUAUCCGAGAGGGCUUCUGAACGGGGCGCUGAACGGGCCACUGAGAGAACUGCUUCUGAUCGAGUUGCAUCUGAUAGAGCUUCCUCAGUUCGAACUACCACCACGUCCGACCGCUCUGAACGAAUCACAUCCACCAGACGAACUCAAGGAGGAGCCACCAAAACCAUACCCAUCCAGGUGCCAUCUCACACUCGUCAGCGGUCUGUGGAUCGAAUCGAGAGAGCUGAGAAGGAGACCAGAACGAGUGCUUUGGCCAGUGCUCUUCAGCAGAGAUCGAAACCCACCGCUUCCGCGUCGGCUGGAGCGGUUGGCGUGGCAACGUCUACGUCUGCUGCACCUAUUGGUGCUACUUCUACUGCCUCUGUUGCUACAUCCACUUCUACGACAGCUACAGGAAAUGCUCCAAUCUCUUCUCGAACAUCCAAUGUUCAUAGCACAGCUUCUGCCCCUGUCCACAUGUCUGCCACCGCUCGCAGAAGCACCUCUCACACUCCUCUCACUGGUCCCCUCCAAACACGGCCUAAGCCGGCCACGGAAAAACGGUUCAUGAGCCACGGCAACGAAAAGACUAAACUGGCUCCUCUGCAUAUCAAGCCGCUGGGUGGAGGACAAGCUCAGAAUCUCGUCUCGGGUCCCUACAAGUACCCUCGAGUGGGACCUGGGGCGCCUGGUCAGGGUGCCACAGCUGCAGGCAGCCCAAUCAGGCCGGAACAUAGAAGUCACUCCGGAUCUCCUGUGACCAAUGUACCUGGUCACGUGAGUGGAAUGUCAGGUCACAUGGCUCACCCGGGGAGUGCCAUGUCGGGUCACGUGAGUGGUCACGUGUCUCAAUCUGGAGGGACCAUGACACAUCCUGGUAGUGCCAUGUCUGGUAAUGUACCAGGAAAUGCCAUGGGUCAUGUCGGUCACGUGAGUGGUCAUGCCAACUCUGGUCCCGGUAAUCCCCUUGGCAUGUCAAUGAACAUGGGAUCCAACACUUCCUUGAACUCUUUGCAUUCAGUCCACUCGGUCCACUCAAUGCACUCGAUGCACCCACCUCCCAGCAUGCCCGGCAGUCACCACGGCAGUCCACGUCAUUCGCCAAUUCUCAGCAUGAGUUCUUCCCCUAUGAACUCUAUGCCUCCUCCUGGUAUGCCUCCUUCCAUGGGGCCACCACGAGACUCGUCUCAUUCACCUCAUCAUUUCUUUACACCCAUACCGCCUCCUCAUCGAAUUGGAUACUCGCUUCCAGGUUCUCCGGUGCGUCCAUGUCCUCCAGUGGCAGCUUCCCCGGACAUCGACUGUUCCAGAAGCCUCAAUUCGGCUCAGAGCAUGAAGACAGGUAACAGGAACAUCCCGUCUCCUAGCAUGGCUGCAAACGUGGGAGCUAGUAUGGGCGCUCCCAACUUGCGAGGCAAGAGCUACAAACCUAUGGGUGACGCUUCCAACUGCUCUUCUCCGCUGGCAACGUGUUUUCCCACCCGUCAUCAGGUAGCUUCUCCAGUGUUUGGGGUCGACACGGUUGCUGUGGCCCAGGAAAUGAAGAAGCUGACCAUCAGCAAACACGAGAGCCCGUUGGAGUCACGUGAAAAGCUACAGGCAUCCAUGAGAACUCCCUCGACUGUAGCGCGUCUCAACGGCAAGUGUAUGACUCCCUCGGAGGCCAAGGCCCGUUUCCCGCUUGUGGGGUUUGAGAAGACAGAAAUCGCGUCCUACAAACAUGUGUACUACUACUAUCCCUUCAGCAACAACCAUGAGUCACACAGCAGUACGACGGAUGACUCGGAGGGCAACCUGCGGCUGGCAGCAGGUGACCACAUUGCCUACCGCUACCAGGUCAUCAAGUUGCUGGGUAAGGGUUCGUUUGGUGUGGUGGCACAGUGCUACGACCACAAACACGGUUGUCACGUGGCCGUCAAGAUUGUCAAGAACAAGAAACGGUUCCAGCAACAGGCCGCCGUGGAGGCUAACUUUGUCGAGUCGUUGACUGCCAAGGACCCCGACGACAUGCACCACAUUGUUCGAUACCGCGACCGGGUCGUGUUCCGAGGUCAUCUGUGCAUCGUUACAGAAAUGCUCUUUCUCAAUUUGUACGAGCUCAUUGGUUUUAACAAGUUUCGGGGCUUUUCGUUGGAACUGGUGCGACACUUUGCUCAGCAACUUCUUAAUAGUUUGGCCUUCCUGGGCUCACAGAACAUUGUCCACUGCGAUCUUAAACCCGAAAACAUUCUCAUUAGUGACUACACUAAAGGUGGUAUCAAGCUAAUUGAUUUCGGCUCGUCGUGUCUGGAGAAUGAAAAGGUGUACACUUACAUCCAGUCGCGGUUCUACCGAUCGCCGGAGGUCAUUCUAGGUGCGGACUACAACAAGGCGAUUGACAUGUGGUCGUUCGGAUGCAUUAUCGCAGAACUGUACACUGGCAUGCCGAUUUUCAGCGGUGAAAACGAGCAGGACCAGCUGGUAUCGAUCAUGCAGGUCCAAGGGUUCCCACAGCUGCGCUUCCUAUCUCGAUGUUCGCGAAGACGGCUGUUUUUCGACACCAUGGGCCGUCCCCGACCUUCCAUCUUGGUUUCCCCCAAGGGUAAGACUCGGGUGCCGAAUUCAACGUCCCUGGAGCAUGUUCUGGGAAACGGUACGUGUCCCUCGUUCCUGUCUUUCCUGCGAGCGUGUCUGCAGUGGGACCCUGAGGAUCGAAUUACCGCCAAAAAGGCGCUCAAACACGAGUUUAUAGUUGGUGUUGGAGGAACACAAAAGGAGGAUUAA